AGGCAUGGCCUGGCCAUGCCCGGGGAAGCGGCGCUAGGGGAGAUCCGAGCGCAUCGUUGGCUGCUUGGCUUGGCUUGGCUGCCUCUUCUCCGCCCCUGGAGCCCCGGAGGCAGGGAAGGAAGGAAGGAAGGAAGGAAGGAAGGAAGGAAGGAAGGAAGAGAGACCACCACCGCCGCCGCUGGGAACUGGACAGGCGGGCAAGCGCUGGGCCGUCCCGGGGAGCCAGGAGGCAGAGAUGCCCAAGCGGGGUCCAAAAGGCUUCACCCUGGGACGGCCAAAGGCACCGGGCACCAUGGCGACGGCGUCGCCGACAGCCGCCGUGGUGACCGCCACCGUGGUGACCACGGCGGCCGCCAUGGACUUGCGCGACUGGAUCUUCCUUUGCUACGGGCUGGUGGCUUUUUUGAGUGAGGUGAUCGACAGCACGACCUGCCCUUCCGUCUGCCGGUGCGACAACGGUUUCAUCUACUGCAACGACCGGGGCCUCACCUCCAUCCCGGCUGACAUUCCGGAUGAUGCUACCACCCUCUAUCUACAGAAUAAUCAGAUCAAUAACGCGGGGAUCCCUUCUAGUUUGAAGAAAAAACUGAACGUUCAGGUCAUCUACCUCUACGAAAAUGAUCUGGACGAGUUCCCCAUCAACCUGCCCCGCUCGCUGAAGGAGCUGCAUCUGCAGGACAACAACGUGCGUACCAUCGCCCGGGACUCCCUGGCCAGGAUCCCUCUGCUGGAGAAGCUACACUUGGACGACAAUUCCGUCUCCACCGUCAGCAUCGAAGACGACGCCUUCGCCGACAGCACCCGCCUCAAGCUGCUCUUCCUUUCCCGCAACCAUCUCAGCAGCAUCCCUUCUGGGCUGCCGCGCACCCUGGAGGAACUUCGCUUGGAUGACAACCGCAUCUCCACCAUUCCCCUCCACGCCUUCAAAGGCCUCAACAGCUUGCGGCGUUUGGUGCUGGAUGGCAACCUGCUCGCCAACCAGCGCAUUGCAGACGACACGUUCAGCCGCCUGCAGAACCUAAGUGAGCUCUCGCUGGUGCGCAACUCCCUGGCGGCCCCGCCGCUCAACCUGCCCAGCGCCCACCUGCAGAAGCUGUACCUGCAGGACAACGCCAUCAGCCACAUCCCGUACAACACCCUUUCCAAGAUGAGGGAGCUGGAGAAGCUUGACCUGUCCAACAACAACCUGACCACCCUGCCCAAGGGCCUCUUUGAUGACCUGGACAGCCUGUCUCAGCUCCUGCUGAGAAACAACCCGUGGUACUGCAGCUGUAACCUCAUGUGGCUGAGGGACUGGGUCAAGGCCCGAGCAGCGGUGGUCAAUGUCAGAGGACUGAUGUGCCAAGGGCCUGACAGGGUCAGAGGGAUGGCCAUCAAAGACAUCACCAACGAGAUGGACGAGUGCUUUGAAGUCAGCCAGCAGAGUAACUCGGCGGUGGCGGCCAAAACGACGGCCAGCAAUGCUGCCGUCACAACCCCGCAGGGCUCCCUCUUCACCCUCAAAGCCAAACGCCCGGGCAUCCAGCUGCCCGAUUCCAACAUCGACUAUCCGAUGGCCACCGGGUCAGGAGCCAAAACGCUGGUGCUGAACGUCAAACCGCUGACCGCCGACAGCAUCCGCAUCAGCUGGAAGGCGUCCCUCCCGGCGGCCUCUUUCCGCCUCAGCUGGUUGCGCCUAGGCCACAGCCCGGCCGUCGGCUCCAUCACCGAGACGCUGGUGCAAGGCGACAAGACCGAGUACCUCCUGACUGCCCUGGAGCCCAAAUCCACCUACAUCAUUUGCAUGGUCACCAUGGAGACGGGCAACACCUACAUCCCUGAUGAGAGUCCCGUGUGCGCCAAAGCCGAGACAGCCGACGUGUACAGUCCCACCACCACCCUCAACCACGAGCAAAACCUGGACCCCAUGGCUGGGCUGCCCCUUGCGGGGAUUAUCGGCGGGGCAGUGGCCUUGGUCUUCCUCUUCCUGGUCAUGGCCGCCAUUUGCUGGUACGUCCACCGGACCGGGGAGCUGCUGACGCACGAGCGAGGCAGCCGGAAGAAGGACGACUACAUGGAAUCGGGCACCAAGAAAGACAACUCCAUCUUGGAGAUCCGAGGGCCUGGAUUGCAAAUGAUCCCCAUCAACCCUCACCGGGCGAAGGAAGAGUACGUCAUCCACACCAUAUUCCCUUCCAACGGAACCAGCCUUUACAAAAGUACCCACACAAUUGGCUACGGUACAACUCGGGGAUACAGAGAAGGGGGCAUCCCAGAUGUAGACUACGCCUAUACAUGAUGCAAAGGUUUUCCCCUCCUUCCAGAUGCAUCGCCCCCCCCCCCCGCCCACACCCCACACCCCUCCAUUUUUACCCCCUUCCCAAUCUCUCUCUCUCACACACACACACAAACACACAAACACACACGGAGAUGCACAUGCACACAGGUUUGGGCUUGGAUCGGUUCUUUGGUUUGGGUGGUUUCAUUUUUUUAUUUUUAUUUUUAUUUUUUUGCCGAGAAGGAAAAGAAACGGCGAAACACAGACUUUAUAUUUUCCGAGCCGAACCCGCUGGAACCGAAGGGGAGGGGAAGGGGAAGCGAAUUUUACAAACCAACCUUAUUUUGUAGGGGAGGGGAAGAAAACAAAAAACAAAAAAACCACACAGCGUACACAAAAGCAAGUUUUGAAAAGUAGAUACGGAGGGGGACAAAAAGACCUAAUUUAUAUUUAAUAUGCCAGAUUUUAAAAAAAAGAAAGAAACGAAAAAGGAGCGAUCGGGAGGAACAAUCGUGAAGGAACGUUUGGUUUUAUUGGGGUUUCGUGGUGGGCCUUUUUUCCCUGCGAGGGGGUAGUGGGGAACAAGGGGGAAGAUUCUAGAGGAAGGCAGAAACGACAUUGAGGAUCAAAAAAAAAAAAAAAAGAAAAGAAAAUUGCUACCUGUUUAUCUUUCUUCCUGUGUAAAUCUUCUAUUUUGUUCAGGGGUUAAGAUUAUAAAAAAAAGAAGAAGAAGAAGAAAAGAAAGAAAUAUCGACACCCUGAUGGCUAAAGUGUCAACUGUCUUGGAGGAUGUGUGGAAAGAUCGUUCUUGUUUUGCACCCCAUAAUUCUGCUUUCCUUACAGGUUCUGGAUUUAUUGUGCAAAAUCCGAGAAACAAUACAGUUCGGGGGAGGUUCUGCCCCCCCUAUUUUUCUUUGGGGGAGGAAGUCCUGAAAAGCCGCUCUUUGUCACAACUCCGAGAACCUUCUCGCUGUGUUCUUCUGGUCAACGCGGCUUUGCAGAUAAAGCUCUCCAUCGUUACCUCCUUCUUGCACCCAGCUAUCUCUUGGGACAGUUAUUCGAGACUCGUAGGAAUAAACUCACUGUGUAGCUCUUGAGUUUUUAGCAAAAAAAAACAAAAAAACAACGAAAACGAAAAAAAAGAAAGAAACUGAUGUGUGAAGAUGGGACAGGCCA